UCAGUGUCAAAUUGUUAUUUGUGGAUUUUGUCAGCAGAAUCAGUUCUAAAUACACCCAUCAGUAUUAUCAAUAUUUAUGAUAAGAUGAUAGACUGAAAAUAACAUUGUCUUGAAUCUAGGAACUUACUGGUUUUAAAGAGUGGGUUCCAUUACUACUGUAGGGAGCUUGUAAUGAACGUAGUACAAAGUCAUUACAUAAUUUUCAGCAUCGUUUAAAGUAUUAAAAAAAUGGAAAACAUAAAAUCUUGGACGGCAGAGGACGAGGCAAUCAUUGCGACGAACACGGACGCUACAGAGUGCAAGCGAUGCGCCGUGGAGCUCGGUUACUGGAAAGAUGAUUACAUUUCGUAUUUUGUACGGCAUGUUGACCGCAAAGCCCCGGAGAUAAAUCGCGGGUAUUACGCACGAGUCAGAGCUAUGGAAAUAUUUAUUCAUCAAUUCUUAGAGCGCUGUGGCACCAAAUGUCAGAUCAUCAAUUUGGGCUGUGGUUUUGAUACAUUAUACUGGCGCCUCAAGGACACAACACAAGCAGUUGGCAAUUUUAUUGAACUGGACUUCCCAGCAGUUACAUCAAAAAAAUGCCACAUUAUUAAACGGAAUAAACAACUGCUUCAGAAAAUAGCAAAUGAAGAUGGCGAGGUGAUGAUCCGUGAAGGUGACUUGCACUCGGACGGCUACCACCUGUUGGGCUGCGAUCUGCGCUGCCUGGCCGAGGUCCGGCGCAAGUUGGCCGCGGCGGGCGCCGGGCCGCACGCGCCCGCGCUGGUGCUGGCCGAGUGCGUGCUAGUGUACCUGCGCCCCGACGCCGCCGACGCACUGCUUCGCCACCUGGCGGCCGCCUUCCCGCGCUGCGCGCUGCUGGUGUACGAGCAGUGCAAUCUGGGCGACAAGUUCGGGGAGGUGAUGGUGCGCAAUCUGUCGGCUCGCGGCUGCGUGGUGGCGGGCGCGCGGCUGGCGGGGUCGCCGGCGGUGCAGGCGGAGCGGCUGGCCGCGCUGGGGUUCGACGCGGCGCGCGCCUGGGACAUGGAGGCGGUGUGGCGCUCGUUCCCCGAGGAGGACCGCGCGCGCGUGGAGGCGCUGGAGAUGCUGGACGAGCGGGAACUGUUGCUGCAGCUCAACUCGCACUACGCGCUGUGCGUGGCCACGCGCGGGGACAUCUUCGCCGACAUGGACCUCAACGCGUAGGUGGCCGCGCCCUACUUGUCUCCGAUUCGUUUCGAUGUUUUGUGUAAGGUUUAAGCGUGCGGUCUGUGCGUUGGUAAAUAACUGCAUUGUUGUAUAGAUGAUAGUCGGUGUCGAUUAGAAGACCACUCGAUCUUAUUAUGCAUUAAAUUAUGAUAAAAUGUAUUUCUGCAACGAGAACUUUGCGUCGUACCAACAGACCAACACGUACAUAAUAAUCUGUUUGUUUACUGGACGCGUUACUCAACUCGUAGCACGAUACUUCUAUUAACCAGAUUAUAUUUUUAUUGUGAUGAAUCUUUCCCUGUGAUGUAUCCCUAUUUUAUAAUUUCCCUUGGCAUAUCAACUAUUGGGGUGAUCAGAUAGAUGUUUGCAGUCCAUGCUACUGCCGUGUCGCCGUUGUCAAGGGUUCGCUAUGACACGACGACGCAGAUCGCAAUCUGGAUAAUUUAACGAUCUGGUUACUCCAUAUUAGAUGCGUCAUAAUGGUGUGUAAAUAUUAAUAUAUCUUUUUUGCAUAUAAAAUAUGUGCAAUACCACAUCACUAUAUUAUUAUUAUAAAAUUGUGCAAUUCUAUUCCAAAACAAUACAAUAGUUUUGUAUUGCUAAAUUUCGUAUUGUUUAGCGUAAGCAAAUUAAACACAUUUGCGCCCAA